CUCGGCCAUAAUGGCUUGAAUGAUACUUAGGUACCUCGAAAUAGCACACACUUUAAUCGGCAGGUUUAUGCUUUCCAGAAGGGAACUUUUCUGCGGCAAUGUAGGUGGGUGGUCAAGUAGGCAGUAUGAGACUGAGGAAGAGGCACAGCACUCAAGUCACAGAAGUGUGUGAGGCGAGUUCGAGGGAUGGAAUGAACUGCAGAUUUCGAACCAUGAUCAGUAUCAUGGUAGUUGGAUUUGUACUGCAUACCCAGCCCCCACACAGAUCUGUUAAUGUAUAAUGUGGCUUGCUUACCCUUGAAUUCCUCCGAUUGUCUACCGCAACAGCCCUACCUCCCACGUGGAUUUCUGGCAGACCUCAGUCCUCACUAUUCUCCUGGUCCUUGGUACUCUUCCACUCACUUGCACUGGUCAAUCACCCCGUCGCCCACCGGUGACGCUCGUACUCCUUGACCAUGCACAUCGUCAAAGCGUUCGCGACCGGCCUCCUCCUUCUCGCCAACCAUGCCGGCGUCCUCGCUCAGGACCCGGGUGCCGGCGCACCCGAUAACUCCAAUCCCCUAGCCAUCUACCCACCAUGUGCUCAAAACUGCAUCAUCACCGCUUUCACAAACCACACCUUCUGCUCCUCCCCCCUAGACCAAGAAUGCACCUGCACCUCCCCCGACUUCAACGGCUUCAUGCACGAGUGCAUCUUGGCCACCUGCACCAUCCGCGAAGCCCUCUUCACCCACAACAUCUCCUCCACCACCUGCCAAGUCCCCGUCUUUGACCGCUCCCCGGAAAUCAUCCGUGAGACCGCUGCCAUGCUCAUCACCAUUUGCCUCCUCGUCGCCGCAAGAAUAGGUUACAAGAUCUACUACGCCGAAGGGGACAGGUUUAUGUUUUCCCGGCCAAAGGCGCAUACCACUUCCCAGAACGGGCUCUGGUGGGACGACUACGCGCUGGUUUUCCUGCUCCUGUGCGGUGGGAUACCAGCCAUGGUGUUGACCAUCUUCUUUUUGGCGCCGAAUGGCCUGGGGAAGGAUAUGUGGGCUGUCCCGUUUGAGGACAUUGACAAGCUUUUCAAAUUCAGCUUUGUUUCCGGGGUGUUGUAUCUACCUCAGGUGGCGGCCUUGAAGCUGACGUUUUUGUUCUUUUACCUGAGGAUCUUCCCCUCGCCGGGGACCAGGAGGGUGAUUUGGGGGACGAUUGUCUUUACCAGCUUGUACGGAUUGACGUUUUUCCUUUUGGCCAUCUUCCAGUGCUCGCCGAUUGAGGAUUGGUACAAGUGGGAUGGCACCGGGACCGGGAAGUGUCUGAACAAGGAUGCCAUACAGUGGAGCUGCGCGAUUAUCAGUAUUGUGCUGGAUGUGUGGAUGAUUGGGAUUCCGCUUUGGAGCAUGAGGAUUGUGAAGCUGCAUUGGAAGAAGAAGGUCGGGGUGGGGGCUAUGUUUGCUGUUGGUUUAUUGGUAACCAUCGUCUGCUGCAUCCGACUGCGGUACAUCGCCGACAUCACCAGCUCGCAAAACCCAACCCAAGAUCUCUUCAACAUCAUCCGGUGGUCCACGAUCGAAGGCUUCACCAGCUCGGUCUGCGCCUGCAUGCCCUUCAUCAGACAAGUCCUGGUGCGCAUCUUCCCCAAGGCGAUGCGCACAGGAACAACAAAGAAGUCGACCUACGCAUACAAUGUGCACAGCUUUGGAAACACCCUCAAGAGCCACGGUGUCUCUGUCAACUCCGACAUGACAGUCACUGUUAACGACCCAGGGUUAAAUGGAAAGGUCUACCACAAAGACUUUCCAUAUCCCUACAACGUGCCACACUCGGAAUCCACAGCCGCGUUGGCUGAGCGUGAAGGGGCAAACAGAGAUGGGCAAGCCCAAUAUCAGGGGAGCGAUGGGACGUCCGUGAUCAUUGUUCAGGGGAACACUCCGCCACCAUCAGGAGACAUUCCUUUGACAAAUUUUCACCGGCCGCAAAGAUAUUAAUGAUUUAUGUUAAGUGUAUAUUUAGUUUCUAACAAAUAUCAAAGAUGUUUUCUUUUCUUCAGUUCGUUAUCUUCAGGACGAGGUAUGCCUUGUGCUCAGGGGUUCAAGGGGUCAAUUCAGGAUCUAACCCUAACCCUUACCUGCAUACUAUGUAUCAAACCCCAUAUUCUAACAGCCUUUCUCA